UCUCUGACUUGCUUCCUCCCUCUGUAUCGUUUAAUCAUUCAGCAGCUGUUGACUGACAGUGAGAAGGGUUUGUUCUUGCUCUGAAUUGAAGAACAGGAGGAAAGAAGAGUUGGCUGACAGAAGCACCACGAAGCAGAACAAAACUGGGGAGGACUGCCCUUCCUCCACUCCUUCCUGUGGACAGAGGAGCUGAGAGCUGAACAGAGACACACAGAAGACACACAGAAGAAGCUGUCAGAUAUGAGUCUGGGGCCGGCGUGCAUUUUCCUGAAAGGAGCUAAAAACAUUGAGCGUCCGCUGGCUGAUGAGGAGAUAGAUGAGCUACGCGAGGCGUUUGCUGAGUUUGAUAAGGAUAAGGAUGGUCUGAUCAGCUGUAAAGAUCUGGGCAACCUGAUGAGGACGAUGGGCUACAUGCCCACUGAGAUGGAACUGCUUGAACUUAGCCAGAACAUCAACAUGAACCUUGGAGGAAGUGCAGAUUUUGAGGAUUUUGUUGACCUCAUGGCCCCAAAGCUGCUGGCAGAAACGGCUGGAAUGAUCGGACUGAAAGAGUUAAAAGAUGCAUUAAGAGAGUUUGAUAUGGAUGGCGACGGCACUAUCACCAUCGAAGAACUAAAGAAUGCAAUGCUAAAACUGCUUGGUGAAAAUACAAACAGGAAGGAAAUAGAAGCAGUGGUCCGAGAAGCAGACAACAAUGGAGACGGGACCGUUGAUUUUGAGGAGUUUGUCAGAAUGAUGUCUAAAAAUUGAGAAUGCACCCGAGACAUUGAAGAAGACCUGAAAAUCACUCUAAAGACAAAACAUCUGCAUCAGAGUCACUGGCGACGGUAUUAUGCAUAUGAGGACAUUAUUUUAUACCUCUUUGUUUGUGUAUAUUUAUCUUACUCUUUGAGUGCCACUUUGUUUUGCUUUAUUGUUACAUGACAUCAAACACUGAAUCUUCCUUAAACUCUGUAAAUGAUAAUAUUGUCAUAUAUCAGUAUUAUGUAACAAUAUUUCGGUGCAUGUCUGAUAUAUGUUCGGAAUUAAAUUGUGUCUUUCAUUGGACAUGCAUACUUGAACUUUUGGCAUAAAA